UUAACAAUUGAAAAUAAAGGAUUUUAUUUCAUCCGUUCUCUUGAGGUACUUCUAAUUUUCCCAAAGGCAGAUUCCCUGUUCUUCUGUACCAGCUCUUCGUUCUUCAAAGAAAGUUUAUCUAUCUCAUCGUAGAGUUUCUUAAUUUCGUCAGUAAGCUUUGACACCUUCUUCCUCUCCUUGACCAAAGCAAAAGAGUCAAAUUCAGUGCUAGUAUCGGACUUAGUAGGGGUUCUCUGGAGUAACUCCUCAAUCUCGACUCCUAACUCAAGUAUCUUAUUAUUCUUAUUCUUGACAUCUGCUUCAAGAUCAAUGAUUCUUUGCUUGUCCUUCUUCUUAAUAACCUUAUUCUCUUCCUUCAGUCUAUCAGCGACUUCUUGGAGCUCUUCUAGCUCUUCUUUAUAUUUAGCGACUUCAUACAUCUUCUUCUUCAUGUCUUUCUUCAGUGCAAUGUAUUUGUCUUCGAUUUCAUGGAAUUCAUCAUCUCUUUGGUUGUAUUCAUCGACAAGGCCAUCGAUCUCAUCUUUUUCUCUCUUCUCUCGUUCUUGUUCUUUCCUGGUAUGGCUAUCUUUAAACUCCUUGUAUUCUUUAUCUUGGUUUUCAAUGUCAGCCUUAGUCUUGUCAAUGAGUUUUACAAGUCUGUUUAGGAGAUUCACAGUCUCUUCGUCUUCUUCCUCGUCGACGUCAAGGUCUAUUCCUUUGAAAAUUCCUUGGUUCUUGAAUUCUUUGAGCUUUAUUUUUACUUUCUCGAAUGCUUUCUUGUCGGAAUCCAUGUUCUUGACUCUGUCCAUGAGAGAAUGGAGACUUAUUCCAGUCACUUUCUUGUCUUCUUUAAGCUCUUCAAUUUGGUCAUUUGCUUUAUCAAGCUCGUCUUGCUUUGACUCUAGUUCAGCUUGUAGUCUAUCAAUCUGCUCUUUCAACUCUUUAAAGUGUUCAAAAGUGAGCCCUUCAAAGCUAUUUUCAAGUUUUUGUUCAUCUUCAUCUUUUUCUUCAUUAUCAACCUUUUUCUUCUUGCGUCUGACGACACCUUGGGUCUUCAAUUUCUGAAGUUCUCCAUUAAGCCUUUUGAUCUCCAUUCUAAGUUCUUCACGGGAGAGGACCCUGGCUCUGUCAAUUCCGCCCUUGAGCUUCUUGACGAUAGCUUUAUCAAUUUGAUCAUCAUCGUUGAUAAUUUCACGCAUUAGUUCUAUCACAGUCUCGUUGUCUCCGAUAUCUUUCUUCAUGCGCUCAAUUAUUUUCGCACGGACAUUGUCUUGCUUCUGGUAUUUUUCUUUCUCAAGCUCGUCCUUUAGCUUGUUGAUUGAUUUCAUUAAGGAUUUUGUUUUGAGGCUAUGCUCGUCCUUGAUUCUUUUAAUCUCAGCGAUAACUCGCUUGCUCUUCAUUGGGUCUGCCAUUAGGUUUAAAUUUGAAUAUUAA